AGUAGUACCCCCUCUCCUCUCGGCCAUACCCCUAUCCCGUUGGAUACUCCACACUGCUUGCACUCCUAUACCGCGCAGAAGAGGCAAGCACGGUCAAACGAUGGAGACAGAAGGCAGUCAGAGCGGGUUAUCUUCCUCGGAUUCCCCUCACGAUCCAUGCAAAAUGUUCAUCGGUGGCCUUAGCUGGCAAACGACACAAGAGGGUCUCAAGGAGUACUUCUGCAAGUACGGCGAAGUGAAAGAGUGUAUGGUCAUGCGGGAUCCAGUUACAAAGAGGUCGAGGGGUUUUGGGUUUGUCACGUUUGUUGAUCAAGCUGGUGUGGACAAAGUUUUGGCCCAGACCAGACACGAGUUGGACUCAAAAACAAUCGACCCAAAAGUCGCGUUCCCACGCAGAGCGCAGCCGAAGUUAGUGACUCGGACCAAGAAGAUCUUUGUGGGAGGUCUGUCUGUAAACACCACCAUCGAAGAUGUUAAGCAAUAUUUCGACCAGUUUGGAAAGGUUGACGACGCCAUGCUCAUGUUUGACAAAACCACCAACAGACAUAGAGGUUUCGGCUUUGUCACGUUCGAGAACGAGGACGUGGUGGAGAAAGUCUGUGAGAUCCACUUCCAUGAGAUCAACAACAAAAUGGUGGAGUGCAAGAAGGCUCAGCCCAAGGAAGUGAUGACACCUACAGGUUCAUCCAGAGGUCGCGCACGUGUCAUGCCGUACGGAAUGGAUGCCUUCAUGCUAGGAAUCGGCAUGCUGGGUUACCCAGGGUUCCAGACGGCCACCUACACCAGCCGCAGCUACGCUGGCCUGACCCCCGGCUACGCCUAUCAGUUCCCUGAGUACCACUUAGAGAGGACCCCCCUCCUGACUUCACCCCACCCCCCAGAACUCACAGCAAUUCCACUGACCUACAAUCCAAUGGCAGCGGCAGCAGCUGCAGCAGCAGUGGUUAGAGGCUCUACCCCCUCUCGCUCAGCCGGCUUCCUGAGCACCAGCAGUCCCGGACCCAUGGCAGACCUGUACGGAGCCAAUCAGGAGUCAGCGGUCAGCAGCUACCUUAGUGCAGCCAGCCCAGCCCCUAGCACCGGCUUCAGCCACAGUCUGGGGGGUCCUCUGAUUGCUGCAGCCUUCACUAAUGGCUACCACUAAGAAAAGCUGUAAGCUGAGCAGACAGAAGGCCUCAGCGCUGCUUUGAGCCAGAGCACUUUGUCUCUACUGGAGGUUUCAACACGCAGGCUCCCGGGGCAGGGGCCUGAAGUGGCCAAAAUCUCUCCUGCUGAAGAGAGGUCAGAGGUCAACCGUUCAUCUUUCACUUCCUGUCUCUCGCACUCUCUCUAUCUCUCUCAACGACCGGGACAUCUGGAGAAGUCGUUUUCACUGUAUGUCUCCGCUUGUUUUAUUUUUAUAAUUUUUUUUUAAAGUGAUUUGAAAGUAUCUAACUGUAGUUCUUGCUUUUGUUUUUUGCCGUUACUGUACUCUCGCGUAUCCACUGAUGCAAAGAGCUGUGGCUUACUCACUGAUUUUUGUGCGAUGGAGCUGGCAUGUGUGUCUGAUUGUGGCCAGGGUUGAGUUUUGCUCAGAGGAUGAGAGUACAGGUUUACAUGUUUCUCUGUUAUAAUUUGUUUGUUUGUUUUCUUUAUUUCUUUUAGUUGUGCAACUUUAGAAUGGGAGCAAUAAUCUUUGAAUGUGCUGUUAUCUCGCUGGUUUUAAACCUUGUAACUUUAAACUCUGAACAUUUUGGAUGUAAUUUUUUUCCCAGUGGAAGAUGAGCUGAAAUGUCAAAAAAUGUAUAUUUUGGUAGCUUUUGCAUACUAAUGAUUAUAGUGAUAAUCAAGAAAAUAUUUUUAAUAGUUGGGUUUUUAACCGCGAGGUUCGGUUGUUUUUAAUAAAACACUGUAUAUACUGUUCUGUCUUUUCUGAGUUUUCCACUGAAAAUGUUACGGUGUUGUUAUGCUGUAUGGGGAACUGUGAUUGGCGUUUAAUGAUGUCUCUGUAAAUGAAAAACAGUCAUGCCAGUCUAGAGGCGAGACACUGUCAUAGUAACAUCAGCAGUAGGCUGGAUAUAAGCCUACAGUAAGUCCCAGCCAUUGCUGGAUUCGUGUAAAGUAUGUGUACAUCUAAGUUACCUUAACACUGCUAAUCUGAACAGUCUUUUCACACUAAUCUUAUUUUGUUAGAAUGAACCUAUCCUUUCACAAUACUGACAAGAAACAUCAGAUGCACAUACAGUCCAGGUCAGGGAGCUUAUACGACAUCAAGUCAUAUGUUGAGAGCUUCUUGAUAUUUUCCACACACAUUUCACUCAUGUUAGUAUCCAGUUUAUUCACUCUGACUGCAGGAAUACAGUUCCUGAAGUCCACUGUAAAACACACAUGAUUUCACUGUCAAACCUUGCUGUUGGAUUAUGUUUGUUUUUCUUUUGUAAAUCUAUAGUUAGGGUUUCCCUUUGCCCUCACCCACCCCUAUUCCCCUGCGCUCUUAUAUUGUCCACUGAGUUUGUUCACAUCAUGCUUUGUUUCAAGAGAACAUUUGAAGGUCAAAUGAAGGAUGCUGUUUCAAGUAGAUAUGUAACAUGCACAGCUCUCGUGCUGGUUGCCGAUUGUUUUUUUGGGCAGCCAUGUGUGUUUGUAUCGUGUGUGUGUGUGUGUGUGUGUGUGUGUGGUGAGUAUCAUGGGUCAGUCAGGGUCUAUUCUGUUACAAAAUGAUAAUCAGUGCUAACUGUGAAUUUGGCUCUUACAACUGCCACUCUCUCUGAGACUUAGGUACAACUUUAUAUUGCACGCAGAUGGAUGCAUGGUAAACUGACAGAAGGGUAAUUGUUUUCAGAGUGAAAGGGAGAAAAUGAAUUAACUUGUCUGUUACAUCUUGGGA